UCACGAAAUGAGGUAUAAGAAAUACUUUAACGACAGGUACGUCGUUUUACGUUCGCGUCUAGGUUGGAGCGGUAAAUUUAAAUAUCCUCCACAACUUCCUUCAUAUUUUACUGCAUCGGAUAAAUUUAGGAUCGACCAAGGUUGAGUAUCGUGGCGACGAUGCUAAUCGAAUCAAGACGAUGGUAAGUUCCCUAAAAGCAGGUCCCUCGCUUUACCUUCAAGAGUACAAUAUUAUCGAUGAUUCCAGUGACGUGAAGCAACAAGUUCGUAGUACCGACGCUGUAAGUGUAAAAGUGGAUGUAGUCAGUGAUGUCAAAAGUGGAGCAUCCCAAGACGCGGUGGAUUUAAAAGAGACAACAGGUGUCAGAAAACAAGUUGGUCCUGGGAAAGAAGGCAAAUGCGAAACUGUUAUCUUUGUAGAACCGAUUGUUGAUGGUGCAACCCCUACAGCUUUAGGUUUCAAACGACUCGAAAAAAAUGUUAACGAACUUCAACAACGGUUUCAAGCAUUGGAAGAGUUAGCAACGACUCCAGAGCUUAUCGAACGACUGAAAGGUAAAAUCACCGAUCCCCUGACCGACGUUUGGCAAAUUAUCAGCAUUACCAAAAGAUUGGACGCCAGUGAACAAGGUAUUGAUAAGUUGACAAAAAUGGUGCAAGAUGUGAUGAAGGGCGACACAACACUCGCCACGGAAGACACGUCGAAGCUCGAAGAAAGACUAGUGAAUUUAGAAAACGCUUUAAACAAUUUGGAUCACGUCGUUCAGAAUUUACAAUUAAUCUCUGACGAUGGAGAGGUUGAGGCGAUAAAAAAACCUGUAACGACCGGGGAAGAAGAAGAAGAAGCUCAGCUUGUACAGGAAGAAAAGCAACCCGUUAGACGAAUUACAUUAAGCGAAAUUCUAGGCGAAAUAGACAUAAGAAAAAUGCACCAGGACGUGGGCAACUUGCAAAUGGAAGUUAGCCAAAUGAAAAAUCAACUGAAAGAUUUGAACGAAAAGAUUGACAAAACAAAAACUGAACUGACCAAAGAGAUAGAAGCAAAACAACUGACUACGCAAAAGGAAGGAAAUCCGGUCGAAAGAACACAGAAAGAGGAAACAGAGGAAACGACGAAGGAAAUAACGACACCACGUAAAAACACACCUUCAGAACUACGCACUCAGGUUGAAAAUCCGAAGGGAAUGAUAGAUUCAGAAGAAUUGCAAGACAUGAGAAAACGCAUUUCAAAAUUAGAAAAGGACGUGAUUACCAUAUCUGAUAAAGUGGACAAAGUACAAGUGACUGGUGUCGCAGGCGCCACUAAUAUCGACAAUUUAUUCUCUAAGUAUAACGAGGUUCAAGCUGAAAUGGAGAAAUUGAAUCAAACCGCGGAUCGUCUGAUCGAUGAUCGUGAAACUCGCGAAAUGCAUCUUAAUGCGCUGUUAGAACAAGUGGAACUUUUGAAAACCAUUAAAGCCGAUAGAGAAGACCUCGAAGAAGCUCUUGCCGAUAAAGCUGAUGCUCAGGCGAUACAUAGAAAGGUUUCUUACGAUCAAUUCGAUGCAGCUUGCGAUGAUCUCGCACACGGUCUCGAAGACGCGAUCAAUAAAUUGGGACAGCAAGAAGAGAUCUGGCAACAAGCUCUGGAUGAAGUACAAAAGGAGAUCGAGGGAAAAGUUGAUAAAAUGGAGAUUUCUCCGCUGAAGGAUUUCGUGAAUCAUCGACUGAAAUCUCUUCAAGAUAAGUUGAAGAGAGUGGCGGAAGCGAGACAAGAUAUCGAAGCUGCCGGAACCAAAAAAAUGCUUAGGGACGUUCAAUGCAUAUCUUGCGACAAGGAUGUGGUCAUGAGAAUGGAUCCUCCCCACAAAUUUAAAGUUGAAACAUUACCAUGCACCACAAGCAUGAAGCCGUACCUGACCUAUGAAUUGGAUCAGGUUAGAAAGCAACACAGAAGGUUACCUCAUAGUAGAAAUAUGAUUCAAUUUGAAGCAGCCAUGCAGGAGGAGGCAAAGAAGCAGAAGAGCGCAAGAGCGGACACGCUUGUGAAGACUCCUAGAGAUCAUCUGUGCAAUCGAUACUGCGGUGGAAGCCACACGAUUACCACUCCUCAGCAAAGAGUAAUGCGAGUGGGCCAUUUCCUCACUGAGUGGGGACCGGAAAUAAUUCAGCUGACGGAAGGGAUGAUAAAGGGAACGGACGGUAAGAUGUAUAAAGGUCGGCGAAUGCCAGAUAAAAUCGAUGUCUGCGGACCUACAUAUUGCGACGAGCGUGGCGACGAACUUCGAUCAUCGGAUAGACAAUCGAUAACUACUAUACCAUCCUUGCGAAAGCCUGACAAGCAAACUUCCACUGUUUCAAGAAAACGAUCGUCGAGGAGACAAUCUCGAGAAAUAACUAAGGAAGUGAUAGAAGAGCUUGCAGAGACACCGAGAACAGAGACAGAAGAUCAAUCUGACAGAUCUGCCAGUGCACCGAUGGAUACAGUUGAACCUGCAAAUCAUGUUGUUCAAUACAUAGAAGAAGAAGAACUGGGAGAACAAGAUUAAAUGAGAUUCUAAUUAUUCACUGUAAAGUAUUCUAAAUAUUUUUAUGAAGUGCUUGUUCUAAGGUCUUAUAUCUGGUUCAGUGAAUAAUAUAAUACAAUAUAUUACAUACACAGAAAUAUUAUAAAAUUAAUCUAA